AUGUCGAAAAUGAAAGCGCCGCACAGUGUGGAAGAGAGAGUGGGUCAUUCUUCGGAGAGUUAUCAUCCCAUCAUCAUCCGAGAGCAACCACCACAGCAUGGACACUAUGAAUCAUCAUCAUCAUCACUCCAAAAUUCAUUUCAAUUUCUCAUCACUCAUACACAUGGAUUUGAACAAAUUGUCAAGAGCGAAAUUCAAGCUCUUUUUACUAUGAAGGGAGUUGAAAAAGAGUGGUAUCAUGGAUUUGAGCCUUCUUUGUCUGUGUUUGAUUAUCCCACUACUCGUGUGGCAAGAAUGUUAAAAACAUGGAAAUACAACAACACUGCUUCGGAAUUACCUGUAGGAAAAUUGAAAACAUUAGCACGAGUACAUGGAAAGAUACAUUCUGAGGAGAGUUGUGAAUGGUUGGAUGUGAACUUUUCAAACGUGUUUCACGUGCCAGAAUUUUUGUUUUCACACAAUGAACUUUUAGUUUUUAAUUUAGUAGGAAAGAAUGAAAGUUUCAAAGAAUCUCGUGACCAAUUUAUGGAGCAUGUUUCACAAUUUGUUUUACAUUUAAAUGCACUACCGUCCGUCGAUUGUGUGUAUUCUUUCAUUUCACUCAUUCCAAAUGUUCCACUUGACAAAGCAAAUGCAUUACCUAAAUUUAAGAAUGAAAUUCCAUAUCGUGAACAAGAUGAAAUGGCAUGGAAACAGUCCUUUGAACUAUUUCGAAAACUGUACUGCAAGAAAUUUCCAACUGAAGAAUUAUUGUUUUCAGAAAAAACAAAAUUUAGAGUUACUGCUGUUCGAAAACAAUCUAGCCAGCUCCGACAUUCGUAUACAUCUGUGGAUAUUGCAACAGAGUAUGGUUACGGAAUUGGACAACAUGUAUGCAAAAAUAUGAACGUAAAUUUGAAGAAAUAUGAUAUUGACAUUUUAAUUUAUUUGGACAUAGAUCGAGCUGUGACCGCUUUACUUCUCACUCCACCAUUGCAUUACUUACAGGAAUAUGGGCUUCGCCAUUUUUCAGAUGAUGACACAACCGAUGUCAAUACGAACAAUGAAAAAUCUGUUCUGAAUUUGCCUUCCCAGAAUUUUCCAGAACUUGAUCUCAUUUACUAUUACACCAAACAAGAUUUUAGACUGAAAUAUGGCAAAUCCACACUCAAACCUCAAACAAGCUACAUGUUAUGGAAAACCUUAUUAAUGCAAGAGCCCACUUUGUGUGAAAAGAUAUUCUCCCCGAAUUCGAUUUGCACCAUUUUAGAUCCUUUUGCUGGUUCAGGAUCCCUCUCACUCGCUGCAAACUAUUUAUUACUGAAUAAGUCUCAAAAUGUUCAAAUGUUCAAUUUGGAUUAUUCGACAGAUGAAACCAGUGUCAUGAAUCAAAAUUGUAAACUUCACACCAAUAUUCACAUCAUGUUAUGUGACGCCAGAAGAAUUCCAUUCAAAUCUCAAUCGAUGGAUGUUGUCAUCUCCGAUAUGCCUUUUGGAAUACUAUGUGGUAAUCAUGCAAGAAAUUCCAAAAUUUAUCCAAAAUUAGUGAAACAAUUAGAACGACUCAUCAAACCUGAUGGAAUUGUACUGUUGUUGACCAUUGAAAACACACUUUUAGAAAAUCAGCUAGCUGCUCGCAACUUUUGGGAAAUUACUUGUCGCAAACUCAUUUCACUUGGAGAUCUAGGAAAGGGAAUGAAAGCCACCAUUUAUAUUUGCAAGAAAAAAGAAAAUACAAUUCUCUAA